UUUGGUCACCUGCCUACGUUUAUGCGCGUCACUUGUUGGGUAACGGGACUUUGCCGUAUUGUGCGCGUCACUUGUUGGAUAACGGGACUGAGCGCGAUCAAAAUUAGAAAAACAAUUUUAGAAAAAAUAAAUUGUUAAAAAAUCAAGAAAGCUAUGGACAGGAAUUUAGACAAGAAACUUAUAAGAUCAGUAAAGGAGACAAUGUUGAAUUCCGACUACCCUUUUGCGUAUCAAAGUAUCCGGUUGACGCUUGAUAUUUGGGAUGAAAUUGCUAAAAACUUACACUCCACUGCACUCCAGUGCAAAAAGCGCUGGAAGGCGUUACGCGAUAGAUAUGCCAGGGAAAAAAGGGGCUUUUAUGAAAAAAGAAAUAAGAAGAAAAAAAAUCGUAAAACUUGGGAGUUGAUGGAUGAAUUGUCAUUUCUGGACUUUUACUACCAACCCAGAAAUAAAGAAGAAAAUGAUGUCGAGGAAGUUGAAGUUCAGAAUAAUAUUCUUGCAGGAGAAAUAAUAGAAGAUGAAAACUCCGAAGUUUCUGAACGUGUCAUCCAUUUCGCAGUUAGUGAUUCGAAUGGUAAAGUUAUCGGACAAUUUGAAUGUGAUGAUAGGAUAUGUCCAUGUGAAGAAAUCUCCUCAGCAAUGACUAAUUCUAAUAAUGACACUGUUGAUACAUGGGACGAAUUAUUGCAUGUAUUGACUGAUGCUCAACCAAUGCAUGCAAUGGAUACAGCAUCGUCCGACACUACUACAUCGUCUUCAUUCUCAAGUAAUCCCAAUAAAGUAUUUAUGAAAGCAGCUACUGAUAUUAUAACUACAUUAAAUGCUUCCAAUCAAAUAAAAGCCCGAGCCUAUAUACUCUCAUAUUUGUCGAAAUUACAACUAAUGGAUAACAAAUAA